AUGGACGUAAACUUGCAAGCUACCGAGGGCAGGGAUAAUCGUCCAGAUCUUAUUGUGAAAGAAAAAGAGCCACCCCGCCACACCACAUGGGUACUCAAAAUGUCCGACGUGGAGGAAGUAACGGGGAGCCAAGCUACGUCGAAACACAAGUUGGUCGACACUAUUACUGACCCAGAGCUGGCUUGGGUUGCGCCCGAGCCCCGGGGGAUUGCUUCGACGAUUACCGCGCAGGAUCCGCGGCUUUUUACCAUCGUCGAGGAGGCUGGUUCGGAGAACUGGGAGGUUCGUACGCCUGCUGAGGGGGAGCGGGUUUGCUCGUCGUACACGGGAUGCAGCUUCACUAUGUACGAGAUGGCGUUCAAGGAGUUGGGAUUUCGGCUGCCCUUCAACGAUCUCGAAGCCGGAAUUUUUGGCCGGCUAAGAGUGGCUCCUUCACAGCUUCAUCCGAAUUCACUAGCGUUUAUCCGGGCCUACCAGAUCCUUUGUCGGUAUCUGGAGGUGGAGGCUACUGUUGCCCUAUUCUUUUAUAUCUUCCAAAUCCAACGUCAGAAAGUCGGGGAUCGGCAGGGUUGGAUUUCCUUGAAGCACCAGUCGAGCAAGAUAUUUAGGAUGUUCGUUGAGUCUGCUCGGGGCUUCAAGGAGAGGUAUUAUGUGGUGAAGCCGGUGACGGAGUUUGCUUUUGAUUCUCUGCACAUGGAGAGGCCCGUGUUCCUCGAGGAUGGGUCUCCACAGUUGGACGAGGAAGGGGAGCAAGUAGUGGAGUGGGUUCUUCGAUUCCCACUGUCGUGGUCGUCGGAACAUUUUGUACUGCGAACCGACGAGUAUCUGACGCCUGUCGAGGACCUGACCCCGGCGGAGAUGGCAGGCUUUGAAAAGCUUAAGGCCUACGUGGACGGUUUUAAGCCGUGUAAGGUCGUGACUAGUUUGGGGGAGGUUGCUUUGGAUAAGCACGGUAGACCGAGGAUCGAGCCUCGUUUUGUUAACACUAGGUUGUUAUUGUCGUGCAAGACUGUUUCAGCCGAGGACACUCUGCUGGGUAGAAUGGCUGAUCUUGCUUCUGAGCUGUUGAGGAUAGCUGCUGAGCAUAAGGGAGAGAAAUCAAAGAAAAAGGCGAGGAAAUCCAAGCCUAAUGUUUUGGUUGCUGAACAGGCUGCUUCGGGGAGCGUCAGCCAAUCUUCGCCGGUGGGAAGCUCAGCAGGUACCCCGGGAUGUCGGGUGAAGAGGCAGAGGGAGGAGCCGAUGAAGACCAUCGUCGACUUGUCUGAGGGUGAUGGGGGAUUUGUUCUCCCUGCUUGUUUGAGCAACAAGGAUUUUUUUAACAACAACCCUCCUCAGGUGCCCGUCUCGGAGAGGGACUAUGUUCUGGGGGUUUCCGCGGCUGCUCGACAAAACCAGCUCACCCAGGAUAUUGCUGCUGUCAUCCGGUUGGCGGAGACAGCCUUAGUGUUAAAUGAAGGGGGGCCAUCUCGUGAGGUGGAAAAGCUGGCUGCCCGGAAUGCCAAGUUGGAGGGAAAAAUUGUAUUGAUGGAGGGUGAGCUGAUCGAUCUGAGGGGGAAGCAAGAGAAUUAUGGCCAGCUGCUGGAAGAUGUUAGGGAAAGCAGGGAUGAGCUGGAGCUUGCUAAGAAAAGGCUCGAGGAGGUGGAGUCCAGGGGAGCCGAGGAGAAAAAGAACUUGGAGGCGGUGAUAGCUGACCUGCAGUCCAAGCUUGCUCCAGCUGCCGACGAGGCCGUUGAAACUUCCAGGCUGGUGAGUCGGGCAGACUUGGUGAAGGAAAUCAAAAGACAAGGGGGCUUGAUGUUGGCGAGCAUGGUGCAUGGGUGGAAGAAUGCGAUCGCCCAACUCAGGGUUGUGAAUGCCGAGCAUGGCUUGAUUACUGACGGCAUUCAUAAGCUCAAACGGGUUGAGAACGGGCAGAUUGUUAUUCCUGAAGAGUAUAAGAAAAUGGCCCUUGAGGAGGAGAAGUUGGAUGAGGAGGCAGUUGAUGAUGAGGGCGAGGAGGAUGAGGAAGCCGAAGAGGAGGCUGUCGGGGAGGACCAGGCACCGGAGGAUAACCCAGAGGGCCAUGAUGAGAGCACCUGAUCCUCCUCGACUGUUUUAUUUGGGCCUGCGCGCCGUUAACUUGUAAUUUUCUUUGUUUUUGAACAAUUUAUUUUUGGGGGCCUGCGUGCUCGGUUUUUGUAACACCUGAACAAAUGGGUUUUUAUGCCCGGUAUUUAUAACAAUGAUCGUUUUAUUCAUCCUGCUCGUCUAUUUUAUCUCCUCGUAUGUAUGUUUAAGUUAUUGCUCUUUGUUUUUGCUAAGUUAU